GCACUGUGGAAGGAAGCGGAAAUAAACGUCGCAACCCGUAUGCUAGUAGCUACGGACUCCUAGGACGGGGUGGAAGCGACACAACACACACACACAUACACACACACACCGUCCAUUGCCUCCGAAGAGGAAGCAGGGAGUGGGCAACUACACGACGGGGUUUCUGUUUGUCACGAGUGCAGCGUCAAAAACGGAAUAUCUCGAGUGGUACCAUACCUUGACCUUUAUGUGAGGUCCAAGCCCUAAAGGAGUGGGUCAUAGACGGGAGGAGAGACUCGGAGGAAAGCAUCUGGCCACACAAGCCCGGGAUACGUGUUUUUAUUUUUUAAUUCAGCCCCUCCCCCCCCACCCCCCACUCCCCGAAGUCAACCACAACCACAGCGAAGAGGGUGUCACCACGCAGCUGCAACCAUGGAGGCCAUCGCCAAAUACGAUUUCACAGCCACAGCUGAAGAUGAGCUGAGUUUCAAGCGUGGGGAAGUCCUCAAGGUAUUAAAUGAAGAGUGCGACCAGAACUGGUACAAGGCGGAGCUAAACGGAAAAGAUGGCUUCAUUCCCAAGAAUUACAUAGAGAUGAAAGCCCAUCCGUGGUUCUUUGGGAAGAUCCCCCGCGCCAAGGCAGAGGAGAUGCUGAACAAACAGAGGCACGACGGGGCCUUCCUCAUCAGAGAGAGCGAGAGUGCGCCAGGAGACUUCUCCCUCUCCGUGAAGUUUGGAAAUGACGUCCAGCACUUCAAGGUUCUUCGUGACGGGGCUGGGAAGUACUUCCUCUGGGUGGUCAAGUUCAACUCCCUCAACGAGCUGGUGGACUACCACCGCUCCACCUCGGUCUCACGCAACCAACAGAUCUUCCUGCGAGACAUAGAGCAGGUCCCACAGCAUCCCACGUACGUGCAGGCGCUCUUUGACUUCGACCCCCAGGAGGAAGGCGAGCUGGGCUUCAGACGCGGAGACUUCAUCCAGGUCCUGGACAACUCCGACCCCAACUGGUGGAAAGGGGGCUGCCAUGGCCAGACGGGCAUGUUCCCCCGCAACUACGUCACGCCUGUCAAUCGGAACAUGUAAACAACACACCGUGUAAACGACGACAACAACAACACCAGAAGCAAACCAUCACCACCAUCCUCAUCGUCCUUGAUCCCAUCAGCCCCAAACAACAAGAAAAACAAUCGCCCCUCUCCUCAUCCAACCGCCCCCCCCCCCCCCCCCCCCACACACACACACACCCCCCCCCACCCGAACAGGAGCAGACAGGACGAUUGCAAAAGAGAAAUAGAGAAAUAGAAGGAGAGCAGGAAGCAUAAAUUGGGUGUAGGGGCGUUGCUGUGUGGGCAAAAAUGGACUUUUACUUGAGCAGAGCUGGUCGGACGGAGCUUUGAUGGAGACCUAAAAGCAGAGAGAGAGCAGUGCACCCCCCACCAAGAUGACCAACAAUGGUCCGCUGCCCACAGCUGCUUCUGUCUUCUCCUUUAACUUCUUAACAUUCUGCCCCUUCUUUUGUGGGGUUUUUGUUCUCUCCCCCCUCCCCCCCCACACUUUUCUUUUCCGCUGCAUGUUUUAAUUACCUAAAUGAAAUGCCUACAGAUAAAUCCUAACUGUUUUAAAGAAAAAAUGUACAAUAAAAAGAAAAAAAAAAGAUGAAGAAAUUGUUUUAAAAAUGUACAAAAAGAAGAGAGGAAAAAAAAGAUGCAAUCUACAGUACUGCAAGUUUCCAUGUGUAACGAGAGCAUUGUACAUCAGCCCCCGGCUGUAUAAAUAAAUCAACUAUAGAGAGAA